AAUGAACAUUGAAAACCCUCGAGAACCCGUUAGUUGGAUGGUAAGCCCGGGGUGGGGAGGGGGUAACAGCUGAUCUCGCGGCCCUGUAUCAAAGGCGGCAUGCCAACUCAAGACUCAAUUGUUGUCUGACUACCGUUGAGAGGACAUCGAGAGAGAGACGCCGGCAGACAAGAGAAAGAGAGAGAGAGUGAUCGCGACUUCCUCGUGUUAGAAAAGAAGGAAGCACGUCUCAGACAUACAACAGUGCCUGGAUAACUUCGUCAACAUGAGGUCAAACAGUCAAUCAGCAACGCUUCUAGUCCUAUUAUUCGCUGGUUGGUCAAGUGCCCAGCAGUUUGUUUGUCCGGAGAAGAACGGAUAUUUCCCAGAUCCCGUGCAGUGUGAUCUCUAUUAUCAUUGCUCAAGGGGUGUGGCCGAAGAAAAGCUUUGUCCCGACGGACUUCUGUUCGAUGAUAGCAAUCCCAGCCAUGAGCGCUGUGACACGUCCGUCAAUGUAGAAUGUGGAGAAAGAACUGAAUUGCAGGAGCCAAAAUCAACAAAGGGCUGUCCAAGGGCAAACGGCUUCUUCCGUCACUACGACACGGGUGCUUGUGACAAGUUCAUCAACUGCAUUGAUGGAGUCCCCAACGAACUGCCCUGUCCACCCGGUCUUGUCUAUGAUGACUCAGCAUCCACUUGCGCAUGGCCCACUGAGUCACUCAGGAAAGACUGCAUUCAGUCCAAGAAAGACAUCUUGGAAGACGGAUUCUCGUGCCCAGAAGGAGAAGUGACCCUUCCCAAUGGCAGGACUCAGCCUCAUCCCACAUUCCCUCACCCGGAGGACUGCCAGAAGUUCUACAUCUGCAGGAAUGGAGUCACACCCCAACACGGAAGCUGCCCGGGCGGCACAGUCUACAACGAUGUCAGCUUCAAAUGUGAUGAUCCCGAAAAUGUUCCUGGAUGUGAAAACUGGUAUGAAGACGAGGACAAGAAGGCGAAGAAGUCAUAGAAGAUUCAAUGUGAAACUUAUAAAGUCAUAUUGAUGUGUCCCAAAAUGUGAUAAGUGAGGGAAUAUGACACUAAAGACUUUUUACAGAUUAAGCAAAGUUAUUUAAGUUAUGCUGUUGUUUCAGUGUGUAAGGGAGCCCUCCAAUUCUACUAUUUAAAACAUUAAGAAGUUCAACCUUGAAAGGUGAUAAUUGUAAUUGAACAAUGAUCAAAUUGAGUCGUUUCAGAAAAAUGCGGCUGGAAAAUCUGUCGUUAGUAAUACGAAUUCAUGUGAAUCAUUUGCACUGCUAGGUUUUAAUUUUAAGUACAUGGAAAUGUAAAAGUAUAAAUUUUGCUCGAUCCCCUUUCUGAGGUGCUGAGCUUGUAAAUAAUAGAUAUUAUAAUUUUUUACUAAGCUUGAUUCAAAAUCUAUCCUAAGUAAUUUAAUAUCAGGUUUUACAUUUUAUACUUGAAAAAUCAAAUUCAUUCUGAGAAUUUCCAAUAAAAUACUUAAAAACUAA